UACAAACGCAGCUUGAACUGAGGCAUUUCGUCAUCAAUGGACGUUACAUUAUUUCGAUCAGCUGUUUGUUGCAUAUUUUACAUACAAGAGUGAUAAUGUUUGAAGUAUUAACUACACUGUUAUCAUAACCCUCUAGCUGCUCGAAUAAUCGUGAUAUUUUUUCUCCAUUAUUAUGGUUCUGUGAAAGUGUACGAAUUAUUGUGUUUCGAAUCACCUACCGCGUGAAAAAGCUUGAAUUUUUUGUUGUUUCAGUUUCCGACAAUCGACAGUGAUAAUGGACGAUUCGCCGAUGAAAUUACAAACCUUGGCUACGAAAUCGGUAUGCGUUCGGCUGGUAUACGAUUGGGCCGAGGGCGAAAUGCCCCUAAUUAAUGUUUGGGAACGAGGUAUCCGCGAUGGUACUGAAGUCUGUCCGACUCACCAGUGGUUCCUGUGGCAGUUAACCGAAAUGCAAGUUCCUCGAUUUGCCAAUAUUCCGAGUGAAGUUCAAUACCAAAUCGAAGACAACAUGCCGCCGAUUUUAAAAGAAGUUAAGAAAUGGAUCAUGUAUCAUCACUUGUUGAACUUCUUCCACGAUGAACCAUCGUCUUCGUUGAGAGAAUACAUCGUGAAACUAGUAUGGAACCAUCAUUUUAAAAUCGAUAACUCGGCUAGUGCGAAAAAUAUCCUAACUAAUGAUAAUCUAACUCUGUUGGAGAGGUUUAAAUUCGCCAGUGCGUAUUGCAUCGUCGACGAAAUCGAAAAGUUUCGAGAUAUGAUGGAUUCAGUACCGGAAUGGGAGUUGCUUGGGGAGGCAUUCGUCGCGUAUUGGUACCGGUAUUUGACCAACAAGUUAGAUACGAUAGACAAACCGAGAAAUUCCUCCAUCGAAAUGUGGUAUCUGAAAACUUCGGAGAAGGCUAUGUUAUGGUCAUCUGCCGUGUACUUCUUCGAUAAAUUGGACUCGGCGAGUAAAUCGGCCGAAUUCGAACGUGUUCUCAAAUUUUUCGCCGAUACCAACCUGAAAGAUUUGUUGGCCAAAUUAACGGAUAAAGAAUGGAAUCUCGCGUGUCGUUCUGCUAUUUCGAAAAUUGUCGAGCAAAUCGUCCAGUACGGUACCUUGGACCAAGUACAGCUCGUUUGGAAGCUAUUCCGCAGUAAAAUGGAUUCGAAGAAUUUUUGCGGUAUUCUCGAAACUCUGGUACCUUUAUCGAUGAGAAACGCGAGAGAUUUCGAAAAAUGGACCCCGUUAUUGAUGAGAAUUUGGAUCAGCGCUAGCAGCAAAUUCAAACAAGCAGCCAUCGAUAAGAAACUGUGGAAGAGUAUCGGUGAAAAAUGCUUGUCCAAUGUUGCGCACGAUAAACCGACGGAUUUUCGUGCACGUCGACGCCAAAUCGGCGAUCCGAUGAAAUUCGUCAGACUAGUGUUGAAAAGCAUACCCGUUGAGAAGAGAAUGGAAUUUUUCCAAAAAAAUUUCUGUUGGUUGAUCGUUUGGGCGCCGGUCGCUGCGGUUGAUCAAUUGAUGCGUGAUUUUCUGGAACGUUACAAUCGCGAUGUUGUCAAAUUGAAGAAAGUCGUCGCCAAUUGUUCCAAAUAUAGACAGUAAAGGGAAGACUACGCACUCAAAGCGGGACUAAAUCAAAACCAGUCGCGUUUCGGACGCCAGGUUUUGAAGAAUUUGUAGAGGGCGCCGCGCAUGUAACUUCGCGAUUCUUUAGCGAUGCUCUUGAAUCUACGUAGUUCGUACAUUUCUCGCGCUGUGAAUUAUAGAGGGCGCUCGCGCAUGCAACUUCGCGAUUACGAAAACCUUGCGCACGGAAAAUGUACGUUUUUAUAACGAUAGUGCGAAGUCUUCCCUUUACUGUCUAUAGUUCCAAAAUAGAACGGUCGCAAGCUAUAUUGAUAGCGAAAGGUGAAUUAGACGAACUCGAUGCCGUCAUAUCGUUUUAUUUCCCCGGUGUCGAUGGUUUCGAGGACAUUGCCACAAAUGAUAGUGUCGCGAUGCAAAAUAAAAUCAAGUUUCAUAAGUUCAAGUUUUUGAUGCCUGAAUCCUCUUUCGAUGCGGUAUGUUUCUGCGUGUAUCGAGGGGAUUGGAAGCCAUUCUACGAGUACGUGCAGAAAAACAUUUCAUGGAUUACCCCCUUCGCGGUUGACGGGAUCAUGAGGAAGGCGAUCUUGCAGGGCAAAUACUGGAUUCGAAGAGUCAAGAAAGGCGAGAUGAACGACUUGAAGGAAUUUGUUAGCACGGUCUACUCCAAUGUUGACCCUGAUGUAAAAGCCUCUGCAGACUCCCAAUUGAAAGCGUUGAAAAAACGAUACAAAAGCUACGCGUUGGUUGCUGUAUUCGAUAACAAUCGUCGCCAUAAAAGAAUUUUCGAUCGAGCUGCCUUACAGGAUUUUUUAUUAUGGAUUUACGACGGCGACGAACGUUUAAUCGAAGAAAACUUCAAGCAGCCGCACCUGUUUCCUAAAGGAUUCUUGGUUCAGUUGAGAGGAUGCGUUGCCGAAGGUUCCUUUCAAGUUACCAAGUCGAUGGAUGAGUAUUUGGAAUGGUGUUUUGCGACUGAAGCAGAAAGGCAGCAGUUUAAACGUAAGAUGAUAUACGAUUACCGAGAGCAUAAGAUGAUCGAAGGUUUGCUGUUGCACAGAGAGUAUCGUCGAAGGAUGUUGUUCUGGUUUUUCGACGAUGAUACCAGUUUGAUUGAAAAAUUCACGACUGAUUGUGCGCGUAAUCCCAUGUACUCGUAUUUUAUCGAUAUUACUGAAGACAGUAGUGACGACAGUGAUGAUGAAGGCGGAAGUAGUGAGUCUAAAGUGAGCGGUAGGAUUAGAUAUUAGCGUUUGAAGUAGUCUAUUGAAAAUGAGCGAUGAAUAAAGAAAAUUCAGAGUUUUGAAUAUUGAUUUUCGCGAACGUAGAAUCUUCUUUUCGAGUAUUUUUAAUGUUUUUUAAUCAUUAUCUACCUACCUAAUUAUUAAAAAAAAAUGAAUUAUUGGAAAUUGUUCUUAGAUUAGUCGUAUUUUUCUGUACUGUUUAUUUUUAAUUUUCAAUUUUUUUUUUUUUGAAAUUGAGGAUUUUUAAUUGCGAGUUGGUACUUUGAGUACGCGAUGAUUUACCAUUAUGCUUCGUAAUCGUUUUAUGUAUUUUUGUUUGAAUUUACGUGUUUGUUCUUUAAUAUGUGAUAUCAAUUGUUCCCAUUUGAAAUAUACUUACGAUUUUUUUCUU